AUGACCAAAUUCCGCGCGUGCAUAGACAUCCAUAACAACCUCGUCAAACAGAUCGUAGGCGGAACCCUCUCCAGCGCCUCCCCUUCAACCCUAAAAACCAACCACACAUCCCUCCACCCACCAGCGCACUUCUCCGCCCUCUACCGCGACGCGCAAGUCACGGGCUCUCACGUCAUCCUGCUAUCCCCGGACAGCCACCCGGCGGCGACGGAAGCGCUAGCGGCCUGGCCGGGGGGACUGCAAGUGGGCGGGGGCAUAACGGCCGACAACGCGCUCGAGUGGCUGGACGAGCGAGGGGCGGAGAAGGUCAUCGUGACGAGCUGGCUGUUCCCGCGCGGACGCGUGGAGGUUGACAGGCUGGAGGAGCUCGUCCGCAGGGUUGGUGGGAGGGGCAGGGUCGUCAUCGAUCUUAGCUGUAGGAGGGUUGGCGGGAAGUGGAUGGUUGCGAUGGAGAGGUGGAGUCGUGUCACUGAGGUUGAGGUUUGUAAAGAAACGUUGGAUAUGUUAUCGGACUAUUGUUCCGAAUUCUUGAUACAUGCUGCUGAUGUGGAGGGGUUGUGUCGGGGUAUUGAUGAGGAGCUUGUGGAGAGGUUGGGAGAGUGGGUUACUAUUCCUACCACUUAUGCCGGGGGUGGGAAGGAGUUUGCAGACUUGGAGAGGGUCGAGAGGCUCUCUGGCGGGAAGGUGGACUUGACCUUUGGCAGCGCUUUGGACUUGUUUGGCGGCUCGGGGGUCAAGUUCGAGGACUGUGUGAGAUGGAAUCGAGAGAGGUCCUGA